UCGUUAGAAAUGUCGAGUGGGGGUUGGUCUCUGGCACUUUUUUUGUUUUUUUUCUCCUCUAUGGUGCCGUUUUGUUCAGUCUUUGGUGGUGGGUUUGUAGUAACACUCUUAGUACCACCCACUGUUACAUUGAUACGCACUAUAUCCUGGCACCGCUGCGGCGGCAUUGCCCUCCUAGAACCUCUCUCAGAAGGGAAAGGUAUAACCUACCCCGAGGGCCCCAUCAAGGCCAUGUUCACCCGAUGAUGGAUAAACGGAAGAAUGAAACUGUGCGAAGGAUCAGUGCAGGAGAAUAUAAACCCAAAAUGUCCUGGGUACAGCCCCUGGAGCCCGCGGAGUGCUUAUCUUAAUUGAUCAACACAUACCGCCCCCCGGAGGAUGUGACGUCCUAUGCCACUUUACUGGCUAUACUUCAGCUUGGGUGGGAUUCCGGCGAUAUCCAUGCGGGAGAGGAGUAGGACCCUAAGAGCAUGUGGGAAAAAAAAUAACCUUAAGAAGGGAGAAUAAUAAGUGUUGGUCGUUGCUUGCUGAUGCCAUCUUCUAUCAUACGCUGUACCUUGUCAGAUGGUGGGUUUUCGAUCCAGAUUUUGUGAGGAAUGAGUGAGAUUCGAGCAUCACAACUAAUCACACAUGAUGAUACCAAUCGGAUAAGGAUCCUGAAAAAAGAAAUAUUCUUUAAUCACGUGCAACCGUCUGCCUGCCACUUAACGCGUCUCCCCGAAUCACCCGUGCAACCACGACCUCCUAUCCACUUGAACCGCAAAGGACAAUGGACCCCAAAGCAAAGCGAAAACGCACUGCAAAGACCAAACCAAGCACCCAAAAGAAACCUCGAAAAGAGCCCACCGAAGAAACCACCCCGACUUCAAUCUCAAUUCCAUGGCCACCACACUUCAAGAGCCUCCAAAAACUUCACGAAGCCUUAAACCUCAUAUACACCUUUUGUGCGCAACGAAAACAUGUCGCGACGACCUUUGAUAUGCUUAAAUCUGCCGUCGAGAGUCAGACAAAGAAGGAAUUGACUGUCGAGGAUGUUGCACAGAUGAAGUUUCUUGCACCAAGGAGUUUACGGUUUGCGUAUGUCGACGAAGAGUUGUUGCAAGUGCACGUUAUGGGACGGGCGAAGGAUAGAUAUGAAGGCGGGAAGGAGGUACCGAGGAUGGUCUUGCUCCUGGAGUUUCUGGAUGGGGAGGUUAGCCAGAAGGGUGGAAAGGCGCCGGCGGUCUCUCAGAAGGCAGUUUUGGCACUUAUCAAGAAACGGAAUGAGGAGUUUGUUGCAGCAGUGAACAAAUCUUUGAAGGGUUGUGCGGAGAAAGGGAUUGAUGCCGUUGAGCGCAUCAUGAGUGGAUUUCAAGAGCAUAUUCCUAGAUUGCCGGGAUACCCUCAGUCAAGCUCCCAGGAUUCACUGUCCGUGAGGGGUGAUAUCGAAAUUCCCAAGGAACGCAAGCCGAUUGCGGAAAUCAUCGAGGAGAUAAAAAGAUUGGACCUUUAUCGUGACCAGAUCGUCUCGAAGGGGCAUAGGGUGAUCCCUCCGCAGGAGGCUGCGUUUGGGGACCUCAAAUUUCUGCUUUCACAAGCACUCGUUAACGCGUUAUUUACUGCACACAACGUUACCCGAUUAUACACUCACCAAGUGGAAGCGAUUAAUAAUUUAUAUGAUGGACACAAUGUUAUUGUUUCUACGCCUACUUCUUCCGGGAAGUCGUUAAUUUAUCAGGUUCCAAUCCUGCACAGGAUGGAAAAGAGUGCCCGUGCAAGGGCUAUGGCAAUUUUUCCGACUAAGGCGUUGGCGCAAGAUCAGAAGAGGAGCCUGAUGGAAGUGUUGGGGUAUAUGACGGAUGUUCUCGGCGCAGUAUUGGUUGAUACCUAUGAUGGGGACACAGAGCCGGAAGACAGGGACAGAAUACGACAAGAAGCGAGGGUAAUAUUCACUAACCCAGAUAUGCUACAUUGCAGUAUAUUGCCGAAUAAUGAUAGAUGGAAGGAGUUUCUCCAGGACUUGAAAUACGUAAUUGUUGACGGUGCGUGUCUCCACUACAGUAUGUGAAGUGGAUCUAAAAGUCGGUUUAUUGGUAGAGUUACAUGUUUAUAAUGGGUCAUUUGGAUCUCACGUUGCGUUCAUCAUGCGAAGGCUCCGGCGAGUAUGUGCCUCAUUUGGUAAUACCAAGGUACAAUUCGUAUCUUGUUCCGCAACUGUUGCCAAUCCCGAAACUGUAAAUACCCCAUCGCUUGGUUGUAUCUGAUAGUAGCUAAAUUCAAUUAGCACAUGCAGACUAUCUUCGGAAUCGGCUCCGUCAAGUUAAUUGACGUGGACGGAUCCCCCGCCGGCAGGAAAGAGUUCCUUUGCUGGAAUUCACCUUAUAAAGACUCUGGAAAUCUAUCACUCGGGCGUGUGGAUCCAGUCUUGGAGAGCGCCAGAUUAUUUGCGCAGUUGAUAUUGCGUGGUAUCAGGGCAAUAGCCUUCUGCAGGGUGAGGAAUGUUUGUGAGCUGCUGAUAAAGGAGGUCAGGAGUGAGUUCACGAGAUUGGAUCGGCCAGAGGUUGCGCCUAGAGUUAUGGCUUAUAGAGGAGGAUAUACCCCGCAAGAUAGAAGGCAGAUAGAAAAGGAAAUGUUUGAGGGGCAUUUGCUGGGUAUCGUGGCAACGAGUGCGUUGGAGCUGGGAGUGGAUAUCGGAAGCCUAGGUAUAUCUAUCUCCUGAUAGUAGUCCUUCGCUCGGGCUGACGUGCGUGAAAGAUGCCGUUAUCAUGGUCGGGUUCCCACACUCAAUAUCUAGUCUGCGCCAGCAAAGCGGGCGAGCUGGGAGGAGGAACAAAGACUCCCUCUCAAUCCUAGUGGCAGGUUCAACCCCUCGGGACCAAUUCUACAUGGAUAAUCCUGACGAGAUAUUCACCAAACCAAAUGCCGGGCUCCAAGUUGACCUUGAGAACCCCGUAAUCCGCGAAGGCCAUCUCCAGUGUGCUGCCUAUGAAGUCCCCAUUAACCUACUAGAAGACCCCCAGUACUUUGGGUCCAAUCUCGAAGAUUUUGCCGAAUCCGAACUAACCCAGAAAAACGCCGGAUCCUAUCAUCCCCACGAACGCUAUCUUCCAUAUCCUUCCAAACACGUCUCCAUUCGCGAAGGUCCUGACCCAGAAACACACAUAUCCGUAAUAAACACGACAAACAACAUCAACCAAAUCAUAGAAACCCUGGACCCGGAUCAUGCGACCUUUACCCUCUACGAAGGUGGUAUAUUCCUCUCUCAGGGGAAAACAUACAUCGUCAAGAACGUCAACCUGAGCGGCAAGUACGCAGCUGUGGAAAGCCUAACAGUAGACUGGACCACAACGCCGCAGGACUACACCGACAUUGACCCCAUACAAACCGCCGUCGUGCACAUAAUCCCGGAGUCCCCGUCGAAGGCAUUUUACGGCACCAUACGCAUUCACACUGUUAUCUAUGGAUUUCUCAAAAUCGAUAGAGCGAAGCGGAUCCUCGACGCCGUCGAAAUCGACUCCCCACCCAUUACUAAACUGGCGAAGGGGAUGUGGCUGGACGUGCCUGCUUCCGCACUAGACAUCCUAGCGCUCAAAAAUAUAGAUGCUGCAGCGGCGGUGCACGCAGCUGAACAUGCAGUCUUGAACCUAUUUGGGAAUUUCGUAACGAGCGUGUCGGGCGCUGUCAAGACAGAGUGUAAGAGUGCUGUUAAGAGUGAGGAAGCCAAAGGAAAAGGAAAGGAGAAACCUGUAUUGAGGAAGAAGUCUAGGGAACGCCCCGCCAGAUUGGUGUUUUAUGACGUGGGGGCUACGGGAAUGUAUACUCUCCGGGUGUUCAAGUCUAUCCAUCUUUUGCUCAGUCAGGCGGUUGAGAAGAUGGAAGGGUGUGCGUGUUUAGAUGGAUGUUUUGAAUGUAUUACACCUGAAAGCUAUUGUGCGGGGCUUGGGUUGCUGAUAGAGUAUUGUAUAGGCAUCAAGGGCGAACACUGUCAAGAAAGGAAUGCACUAAUGUCGAAACCAGGUGCAUUCGUUAUCCUCCAGACGAUACUGGGUUUAGAAGUGGAUCUUGAGAAGGUUCCGGAUGGAUCUGUGGAUGGGAGGGGCACUGCUUCUGGGGACAGGGUCGUUCUCGCUGAGGAGAUUGGGGUGGGCGAGCCUGCGAGGUGAAGCUAUAACGGUGUUAGUAUCAGGGCUCGGUAUGAGUGGCUUGUUUGCACCCUAUUCAGGCGCGGGCCACACUACCGCCAAGAGUGAUUGGGGGAGUCGAUACCAGGCGGCGUGGUAUAAAUAGUGGUAGAUAGGUAUUAUUACCAGUAUCACCCAAUCUAGAUGAUAACCUGUAUCAUUAUUGUUGAAACCUAGAGCCCCACGUUUAAUCAAAUCUAUCAUGACU